CCCCUCCCCUCCCUCGCGCUCGCACCAGCUAUGGCUGUCCUCCCGCCAGACAGCCUCGCGCUCAUCGCGAGCCUGCUCCAGGCCGACCUCGCCGAGCUGCGCCAACAGCACGCCCGCCAGCCGCAAGCGGCUGCCGGUUCGGCGACGAGCGACGAGGACGACGCGCUCGCCCUCUACGAGCAGGAGCUCGCCGGACUCGUACAGGCCGACAAGGACGCGAAGCUCGCCCGCAGCCUCGCCGCCGCCGCCGCCACCGACGGCCCGCUCUUCCAGGCGCUCGCUCGCGAGGAGGAGGCCGCUCGCGAGGACCACCGCCUCGCGCUCCAGCUCUCGACCGAGGUCGACGACGAUGGCGACGACGAGCCCAUGCGGCAGGACUACUACUGCAGACCCGUCGCGCCCGUCGGCCCGCAGCACCAGCCCCGUCCUGUACCCGUCGCUUCGACCGAGUACUGCGGCGAGUGCAUCGCCUGCACCGACACGUUCCUGUCGUCGUCUCUCGUGCACGUCCGGUGCAAGGACAACCACGCGUACUGCGGCGCGUGCCUCCACGAUUUGUUCGUCGCGGCGACCAAGGACGAGUCGCUGUUCCCGCCGCGGUGCGACGGCGCCGAGAUCCCGCUCGACCUCGUCAAGCGGUACCUGAGCCAGCAAGAACUGUUCGAGUACUCGCGCAAGGCAGCCGAGUUCAGCACGCCCAAGCGCCUGUACUGCGCCGUCGCCACCUGUUCGACCUUCCUCGGCGCCGCGUCGGGCCAUCAGGUCGCCGUCAAAUGCCCGACAUGUCAGCGCUCGACGUGCGCAGGGUGCAAGGGCCCGUGGCACGGCCCGAUCGCCGUGUGCGGCGCGAGCCCGGACGCCGACGCGGCGAGGGCGCUCGAGCGAGAGUUCCAGUUCAAGCAGUGCCCGAGCUGCAAGCGCGUCGUCGAGCUCGAUUCGGGUUGCCACCACAUCUACUGCCGGUGCGGCCACGAGUUCUGCUACUUGUGCGCCGCCAAGUGGCAAGGAGGGCGGCAGACGUGCGAUUGUCCGCUCUGGGAGGAGCGUCGGCUGCUCCACGCGCAGAACGAGGACCUCGGCGUCGCUCAAGCGGCCGCACCGGCGCAGGUCGUCCGGGCGGUCCGAGCGGCUGCAGUCGCGGCGCCCGUUCGCGCGCCAGUCGCGCCGCCUGCUGUUCCUCAAGUCGUCGAUUGCGGUCACCGUCACGUGGUCAAGAUCGAGGGCGCCGGCCGGUGCACCGAGUGCGCCGCCAACCUGCACCUCUUCCUCCUCCGCUGCAACGAUUGUCGCGCCAACCUGUGCGUGCGCUGCCGCCGCAACCGCGCUCGAGUCGCAGCAUGAGGGGCGUCAAGCUGUCGAGCAGGUGGGCGUCGGGGCGUGCAGAGUACGACGAGCGAGCUUGUAGUCGUCGGCGUGGACGAGCAGCGACUCGAGGGAGACGAGCGAGGUUUGGAAUGCUUAGCGGCGCCUGAACAGCAUGUGCGCCCGUGCCGG